AAUAAUUCAGUUCGAGGCUGAGACCCCCACUUUCGUCUUUCUCUUUCAUUCUCUCUAAAUUUAGAUAUUAAGAAACAAAAACAUUUUGAAAUCUUUUCCCCUGUUUAUUGUUAAACCAGACAAUCCCUGCUGCGUUGCUUUCCUUAUACUUCAAAUGGUUCAGAACUUCAUCUCUCAAUGACAAUUAACUCUUUUUUGUUAGCUUGACCCGACCGCCAUUGAUGAAGCUUAUCAAAGCUUUAAAAAUCUUCUGAAGCUGUUGAGACUUAAAUUUGGGUUGAAUUAACCAAGUGGGUGUUUUUUAUUUUCAAGGAAUCGAACUGGGUACUUUUUAGAGUUUCGAAUUUGGGUCGUUUUGCUGUUGUUGUUGUUCUUCUUCAUUCCGCCAUGGAGUUAAACGCGGGGGCGGCUGGAACUGGACCGCAUAAGACGGCUUCGGAGAGGGACGAAGUGGCGGCACUCGAAUCGCUGCAAUUUACCGACGAAAUCCGCCGUUUGAUGUCGGCUCCGGCGACCGAUAACGCGAGUUCCUUCACGGCUCUGCUUGAACUUCCGGCUCCCCAAGCCGUUCAGCUCAUUCACUCACCGGACUCGGCUAAGCUUACUGCUGCUCCAGCUCCGGCUCCGAACGUUGAUGAUUUCAAAGGCAGCUUUCAUUAUCCUUUUAAUAGUGGGUUAAUCGAACGAGCGGCGAGGUUCUCUGUGUUCACCGGAGAUGGUAACAUCAACGAAGAUAACAAAAGCAACUCGCCUGAACCGACGUCGUACAAUUCAAGCGCCAGUCUCCAGAAACCGGUGAAGAGUGAGCCGGCGGAGACCGAGUCAUCUCAGCCGUUAGUUUCUGAUCCAACGGUGGAGAACCGGCGUAACAAGAGAAAAGACCGAGAAAAGGUGAAAGGGUCGACAAAGAAAAGCAAAACCGCGGCGAAAGAGAGCUCCGACGAUGCUGAGAAGUUGCCUUACGUUCACGUUAGAGCUCGCCGGGGACAAGCCACGGAUAGCCAUAGCUUGGCUGAGAGAGCAAGGAGAGAGAAGAUUAAUGCACGUAUGAAGCUCCUACAGGAGUUGGUACCCGGAUGCGGUAAGAUCUCGGGCAUGGCGUUAGUGUUGGAUGAAAUCAUCAAUCAUGUGCAGUCCCUACAGCGUCAAGUGGAGUUCUUAUCAAUGAGACUCGCUGCAGUUAACCCGGGAAUUGAUUUCAACCUCGAUAGCGUAUUCACAGCAGAAAAUGGAUCUUUAAUGGACAGUAACUUCCCCGGCAUGGUCAUGCCUAUGAUGUGGCCCGAGGUUCAACUCAACGGAAACAGACAACAGUAUCCACCGCAACUGCAUUUCAAUGCAUUGCAACAGUCUGUUUGGGGAAAAGAGGAAGUCUGCAAUAAUUACAUAACUCCGGAGAACUCGCUUUUAAGCUACGACUCCUCAGGAAAUUCAGCACCGUUGCAUUCGAAUCGAUUGAAAAUGGAGCUAUGAAGCGCGAAAGAAGCUUGAAACAGUUAGAUUUAUGAUCGUUCUACUGAUAGCUACCAUUGUAUAUAUACUAUACUAUAUCAAAUAUUAGAAAUUAGUAGGGAAUAGAGGAGAGGCCUCACCAUAUACUCUUUUGGUUUCCAUGUGGUUUGUUUAGCUGAGUCAGAUGGAAACCUCCUAUUUCUCAGGACCGGAGACGAGAAACGUCGGUAUGCUGUUAUUAAAUAUAUAUGUUAUGCUAACUUGGAGUCAUUCAAUCGAAUACUUGGAUUGAGGUUGAUUGAUUCAUACUUUAAAAUCACAGAACGAACUAUGAUGAUUCAAACUAUUAUGGAAAUCUGCCUUCUUUUGUUCUAUAUUU